AUGUCCUUGGCAGUCACUCCUGUCCAUUUCUUCUCUCAUGGCAGCACGAUGAUGUUGGGUGAAGAAUCGGCCUCUGCUGAUUAUUGGAAAGCUGCUGGAGAUGCUGCACUUGCUCACAAAGUCCGGGGUAUCGUCAUUAUGGGUGCACAUUGGGAUUGCAAAUCAGACUUGGCUGUACAGGUCUCUAUGAACCCGAAUCCAUCGAAACAACCCGUCGCAAAUGUUCAUGCAUCAAAAUAUGUUGAAUACAAGCUUAAGCCCGACCUCGCAACUGGAAAGCGUUGCAUCGAUUUGCUCAACCAGAAUGGCAUCCAUGCUUCAGGUAACGAAACCUUUGAAUGGAUCCACGAUGUCUUCCUUGUUAUCAUCCGCAUGUUUCCCAAUCCAAACACUAUGCCUCCGACAACAAUCGUUUCUUCCAAUGCACACUACGACCCUCAUUUUCAUGUGCGCAUUGGUGCAGCUUUGAGACCAUUACGAGCUGAGAACUACCUGCUUCUGGGCUCUGGAGGUGCAGUUCACAACCUGUACCGCAAUAUAUGGUCGCCAAUGCUCCUGUACAAGGACAAUUUUGCUCAGUCGACGCCUCCAGAAUCGUGGGCCCUCGAGUUUCGUCAAGCAUUCAAAGAUGUGGUCGAGCAAAAUUCUGGACCUAGACUAAGAAGAGGCCUGACAAGAUUGAUGAAGCACCCGCAGUAUCGAGAUGCCCACGCAACCGAUGAUCAUUACAUCAGUUCGUUGUUUGUUGCUGGUGCUGUCGGUGACGAAGAGGACGAGGGUGUUAGUGCGAAGCUCAUGGCGGAAGAUUGGGAGCUGACAAACAUGUGUAAUUCGCAAUUUACCUGGGGACAAUAUGUGGAGGCCAAAGCAUGA